CUUAACCUCUUCGUCGUGGCACGCCGACGAUUCAGUCGCGUACGAAAUGUUAUGGAAAUGUUGUUCCGAGGCCAAAUAACGCUAACUCGAGUAAACUUUCGUCGAGUAUUAAUCUGUCUUACGUAACGAACAGCAUUAUAAUAUUAAUAAUAACGAUAAGAUUACUCCCAUUUAGUCACUUUGCGACGCGAAACAGCGCGUAACGAUGCCUCGGCUUGUGCUGGGAACGAGUGUAGACCACAAACAGACUAGACCGCUCGAACAUUAGUGCCCUGAGCUUGAAACAGGCGCACGGACGUACAGUGAAGUGUAUCUGUUUUUCAAACCUAUCGGUUCCGUUGUAUCUUUGCUACGCCAUAUCUGUUCCACGAUUUCGUCGCAUUGCGUGUCAGUCUACGAUUGAAAUAUGGGCGCUGCUUCAAACGCGACAUACUUAGGACUUGAUCUCAGCACGCAGCAGUUGAAAGCAGUUGUCGUCGAUAACAAUCUCGCUGUUCUCCAUGAAACCAGUGUACAGUUUGACAAUGAUCUACCAGAAUUUAGAACGUACGGAGGCGUCAUUCAGAAAAGAGCUGAGCCACACGUAGUGGUGGUUCCCACUUUGAUGUGGGUUAAGGCUCUGGACAUGAUUCUCGAUAAGUUGCGCGUGUGUGGCGUCGAUUUUAGCAAGGUGGCCGCUAUUUCCGGAUGCGCACAGCAACAUGGCACAGUUUACUGGGGCAAGGGCAGUCAAAAUCAAUUGCAACAAUUGGAUCCUGCGAAAUUUUUGCACGAACAGCUGGUCACCUCUUUCUCGGUGACAACAUCACCUGUGUGGAUGGAUUCCAGCACCACCAAAGAGUGUAACAUGUUAAAUGAGAUCGUCGAUGGCCCAGAAAAAUUGGCGGAGAUAACGGGAUCACGGGCGUACGAAAGGUUCUCAGGGCCUCAAAUAGCAAAAAUAGCACGCACCAGACCGGAAGCCUACAGCAACACUGAGAGAAUCUCUUUGAUUAGCAGUUUCCUGGCUUCCUUGUUUUUCGGCGAUUUCGCGCCGAUCGAUUGGUCCGAUGGCUCUGGAAUGAACUUGUUAAAUAUUCAUACGAAAGAUUGGGAUGACGUCCUAUUAGAGGCUUGCGGUCUUGGUCUACGAGAAAAACUCGGGAAACCAGUUUCCUCGUGCAGCGAUAUCGGUCCAAUUUCGUCCUAUUUCGUCGAAAGAUUUGGCUUCGACGAGGCAUGUCGUGUAAUUGCGUUCACGGGCGACAACUCAGGUUCUCUAAUAGGAAUGAGACUGAAAGAAGGAGAUAUCGCUUGCAGCUUGGGGACUAGUGAUACUCUGUUCUUAUGGUUGAACAAACCGAAAACUGCUUUAGAAGGACACAUAUUUUGCAAUCCUCUUGAUGAUAACGCUUACAUGGCUUUACUUUGCUUCAAAAAUGGAUCUUUGACUCGCGAAAGAAUACGCGACAGUGCGGCGCAGGGCUCUUGGCAAAUCUUCAACGAGCUACUGGAAAGUACGCCGCGGGGAAAUUUUGGAAAUUUAGGUUUAUACUUCGAUGCACAAGAGAUUUUGCCAUUUGUCAUUGGUGAUCAUCGAUUCAAUAAAGCGAACGAAGAGAUAUCGCGUUACAGUUCAAAGGAGGUGGAAGUAAGAGCCUUGAUCGAAGGGCAAUUCGUUGCAAAAAGAGCUCACGCUGAAGAUUUCGGUUUCGUCAUAGGGCCAAAUACACGUAUUAUCGCGACAGGAGGUGCAUCCACAAAUAAAUCUAUACUUCAAGUUCUUUCCGAUGUUUUUAAUUCACCAGUAUACGUAUCGGAAGUAGCUAAUUCGGCUAUGAUGGGUGCAGCCUAUCAAGCAAAACAUGGUUUAUUGCGAAAUGAAUCCAACUUUGAUGAGAUAACACGCUGCUUACCAGAACCGACACUUGUAUGCCGUCCUUAUAAUGAUGCAGAAACAAUAUACAAAUCAAUGGUUGCACGUUACCGAAAGAUCGUAGAGAAAAUUAAAAAUAAGACAAGUACAAAACAAACUAUAUAAAGGCUAUACGUGAAUAACACAAGAGCAUUUAAAAAAAGAGGCCUUCAUUAAUGCAUCAUAUUAGCUGAAAAUUUAAAAUAAUUGCUGCAUUUAGAGCAGUUUAAUAUUGAUGAUAUUUAUAGUUUUAUUCUGAAAAACUUUUAUACGAUGCUUUUUCUGCAAUUUUUAGAGGCUUGCUCUUAAAAUUCGAGUAAUGAAACUACUUCGAUUUUAAUAAAUGAAUCAAAGGUACUAGAAACAUCUUGAAUCUCCUAUGCAAACAGCAAUGCUUUUUUAAGAAAUUACUAAGAACCAUUAAAAUGGAAGUAAAAAUAC